AUGAUUUUUGAUAAUAAUAUUGAAACUUAUGACAAUGGUAUAUCUACUGGAUUCGAUGCCAAACUAUGCAAUAGUAAUGGUAAUGUCAAUAAAGAUAUUACUACGCUUGAAGACUUUAAUAUAACAGAUUAUAAAACGUGCGAUGAAAUGAGUGAAAUAAAUAAUGAGGAAAAUACUCAAAACAUGAUAUUUGAAAAGACUAACAAAGUUAUCUUUAAUAGCAUUGAUCGUUCUAAAUUAAGAAAAAUACAGAGACAUUAUGUAAGCAAAUCGUUUUUAGAAACUCAAAAUGAUUUUAGACUUGCUUUAAGGGAAGUUUCCAAUGGAAAUCAUUUAAUCUCUGUUUGUUUUAUUCUAUUUAUUCAACUCGUGGUUUGUAAGGAGAUAAUCCCUGUAAAAAACAAUGAAAUUAACAAUAUAUUACGAAGCCAUAGCUUAUUUGCAUUCUGUUUAAUAAGCUUUGUAUCCUUAUUAGUUAGUAAUUUUAAAUAUUUCCAAUUAAGAUAUAAAUUAAGAGGAGAAAAAUAUAUUUUACUAAAAGGUCAUCCGUUAUAUUUUUAUUUAUUUUUCAAAAAGUUAAAUGAAGCAAGUUGGAAAUUAAUAAUUACCCUAACACAUAUUCUAUAUUAUACAACAAUAGCCUCAGUUAGGAAUUAUAAAGUUACAUGGUUUGAAAUUUUAGAUAUAUUUGUAGUGAGUCAAGUAACUAUCGUUAAGUUAUUAAAUACUAUAAAUCCAAUUAGCUUUAAUUAUAGUAAAAAUAAACAGAUUUUAAUGAAUGACAUCGAUAAAAUAAAGUUUGAAAAACUUUGUAAAAACAUUGAAACUUCUUCAUAUGUUAAUAAAAGAAAUAGAAAGAGAAUAAUUGAAUCCGAAGUUUUAAUUAUUGCUUUAAGAUACUUUAAUUUAUUAAAUCAUUUACCGAUUCAAAUUUCAAAAUUAGCUGUUAUAUCAUAUUCUUUAUAUGCUAGUUAUCAGAUUAUAAAUAGUUUUUUUGAAUAUUUUAGUCUAGUCUCUUAG